AUGUCUUCAAAAAAGAGAGAACUCGACCCAAAUAAAAAUAGAAAUAUAGAUAAUAGUACUUUUUCAUCUUCAUCAUCUUCAUCUCCUUCCUCUAAUAAUAACACAAGUAAACCAACCAGAUUAAGACCAAGUCAAGCAUGUGAUAGAUGUAGGUCAAAGAAAAUCAGGUGCGAUCUUAAACAACCCCAAUGUAGUGCCUGUUUUUCUGUAGGUUUUGAAUGUAAGUUUACCGAUAAAUUGUUACGGAAAACUUACCCAAGAGGUUAUACCGAAAGUUUAGAAGAAAGAAUAAGAGAAUUGGAAGCAGAAAACAGAAAAUUGUCUGCUUUAUCAGAUAUGAAACAACAACAAAUAAAUUAUUUACAACAACAAAAGCAAAAUGAUAAAAACGAUCCCCUAUGCAUAUCUUCUCAUCCUGUCGACCAUAUUUUGUCUUCUACCAACCCUGACAUGACCAUCCAAAACUCUCAGCCUUGUGCCUCUGCAGUCUCAGAUUCAAGUCAUGUCUGUGAUGGUAUAUGUUUACAAAGGACUCUGCAUCCACAACCCGUAGCAACAAGCUUUAACCUAAACGACCCAACUUCAAUCUCUUUUGAACAAGAUAAAGCUCCCGGCCUACUAGCUGCCAAGGCCCUGGAUUUACUCUCCAACCAUGAAGAAUCCACACAACUGGCAAUGUUAGUCUCUUUAUCUGUACCUAGAUCUACCGAGGAGAUCCUUUUCGUUCCACAACUUUUGUCUAAAAUACGGCAACAGUAUGGGUUUACUUCGAAACAAUGUCUCUACAGUGUCACUUUACUAGCUUCAUUAAAGGAUGAUUUACCACCACCUUUUCUACAGCAAAAUUCAACGAUGUUGUUAAACUCUUCAAUGGAUCUAGAUACUUUAAUCAAUAAAAAUUUAUGGCAAAUUCAGAAUCUAUACUAUUUCAUAAACACAAUACUGAAAUUAAAUAUCUUGCCAAAUUUAAAAAGUGAUCCGGUGUCAAACAAAGGACCGGAUAUUCCAGAAAUGGAGAAAAAUCAAUUCUAUUUAACAUUUGAUGAAAUUGAUCAUUUGAUUUCUUUAUUCAUGGAUCAUUGGUCCCAACUAAUCCCGGUACUAAAUAAAAAUGACUUCAUGAACGAUUAUGCAAAAUUUAAAAAGGACAUUGAUUCUUUACAACAACACCCAGUCCCUGAACAACCAAUCAUUAAUCUGUUAAAUAUUAAGUAUUUUGCAUGUCUUCUGGUGGCAUUAUGUCAAAUGGGCCUUAUCAUAGAAUUUAAAGAAUCAAGGAAACCAGUGACUUCCAAAUUUUCCAAAUUGUUAUCAUAUUAUCAUCACAUUUUACACCUUCUUCCAAGAAACUCUUUUUUCUCUGUGACUACAACAUCUGUAAGAACUUUACAACUUUUAUCACUUCUGUUAUACUAUUUUUUAAACACGGGAGAUAUUAUCCAACUCUAUGAUCUGAGAGGAACUAUAGUGACAAUGUCACAGCAGUUGAGAUUACAUAGGUGUCCAAGUGCCGUAUUGACGGGGUCUGGCCAGAAGAUGCAGAAAUUGGAACAAAGUAAUAGAAGAAGACUGUUUUGGUGUAUAUAUUAUUUAGAUGUCUUUGCCUCGUUCCAGCUGGGCGUUCCAAGAUUAUUAAAAGACCACGAAAUUGAAUGCGCCUUACCAUUUGCCUUAGAAGAUACUAUUAACUCAACAAAUAAAGUCAAAUUAGAAGGUUGCGUGACAAAUUUUUCAUUGGCAAUAAUUAGAUUUGCUAAAGUUAUGGGUAACAUUCUGGACUCAAUCUUUAAAAGAACAGCUACAACCAAUGACGUGGUUCAAAUUGCCAUUAUCCACGAAAAUGCAUUAGAUGGUUGGAGAAAAUCGUUACCUUUGGAAUAUCAAAUGGAAUUAGAUGUCACUGGUAAAACGAAAUUAGAGAAUCUUACCUUUGAAAAAAGUUUAUUAAUAAUUUUGUACCAAUUGGCUAAAUGUAUGAUUCAAUUACCUAUAUGUGCAGCAGCUGCAAUUCCAAUAUUGAGUGAUGAUCCGAGUACAAAUGUAAAUAUAAAGACUUUACCUUCGUACACUGCUCUUCAACAAUCAGUGUUUUCUCUUUUGAAAAUUUAUGGACAGUUAAGAGAUAAGUACAUACCUUUACCAGUUAAUACAUCUAGAAUAAUGACAAGAUUUGCCUUGAUCGGUGCCAAGGAAUCUUUGGAAUACACAAAAUAUGGGAAAUCCUUUGAGAGCAACAAGGAAUUUUUACUAAAUGUGGUCAGUGAAAUUGAGGUGAAUCGUAGAUUAGAAUUGCCUGGUGUUAUUUCAUGGUACAGUUUAGAAAUAUUAGACUUAACAAUAAACUUAAUUUUACAAACACCUGCAUUAAAGGGUGAAAAAUUGGAAAAAUUCUUACAAAAAAAAAUAGAUUAUUAUCAAACCCAAAUGGGUAUCACCCCUAUUUCAAAUAUUACAAAUUCAACCGAAAAACGCAGUAAGAAAAGGUCAUCAAGUAUAAAAACUGAAGCUCAUAAAAACAAGAAAAAAUCGAAAAUUUUCAACAAAUCCAAAAAUAAUGAUACUACUACUACUACUGCUGCUGCUACAAGUAUCAUAAACCAGAAAAAUAAGACGGACAAUUCUGAUAAUAAUAAUAAUAAUAAUUGUGAUACUUUACACAUAUUUCAUGAAAAUGAUAAAAUCAGUAAGAAACCAAUUGAUACUUCACAAAAUCAAUUAUUAGAAGCUUUACAAGACGAUCCAAUAUUGAAUGGUAAUCCCUACAGGUUUAGUAACUUAAAUUUAUCGAACUUUUUCGGUUCUUAUAUUAGACUAAAUGAAAAAAUAUCAACGGAUAAUAUCGAAAAUGCUACAAUCGCCACCACUACCACUAAUAAUAAUAAAAUUACAACUGUACCACCUAGCCUUAGUAACUCAAUUAAUACAGUAAAUUCAACGACUUCUCCGAGUUAUUUUGCAGAAACUAAUCUAUACAACUUAAAUAAUAGAGAAAGCAAUCUUUUAACUUCACAUUUGAGUAGUAUCAGUUUUUCCAAUUUACUGCCACUUACCGGUAAUGACGGAUCAUUGUCACAAUUUAAUUUAAAUAUGUUAUAUGAUACUGGAAACCUUUUUGAAUCUAUAUCAAGUGAAAAUAAUAAUUUAACAAACAACAAAUAUUCAGACAAUAGAGGUAAUGAAGCAUUGUCUAAUAAUACCAUUAAUAAUAGUAAUGAUACUAAUAAUAUCAAUGUAUCGACUGAUUUUAGUUCAAUAAUUGAUGCCUCACUUGGCCUAGCUCCUUUAUUACUUGAUACUACCAACGUUAAUGGUACUAGAAAUGAUGACAAUACUCAUAAGGUGGAUACUAGCUGCAACGAUUUAAUCCAUCCAGAAAUGAAUGAAACUGCACACACAUCCAAUCCAUCAAAUACUAAUACUAAUAAUAAUAAUAAUGUACAUCUGGCGUAUCCCAUUAAGCAACCAAUUGGAAGAGAACGUCGUCGUCAGGUCAUUGAAGAUAUAUCAAAAUGGCAAAAUCAAUAA